AUGAGCUUUAGUCAGCUGAGGUUGAACGUAGGGCUCCUCACGGGGGAAGCCUGGCUUAUUAGGCAACAUGAUCUCUCCCUGUGAGAUCAUACAUCAAAACAGGUUGAGCCAUGUCUGCGGGCGUUACCCUGUGGAAUUUGUAGAUAGGGACAGGUUAUACCUGCCAGUUCCAGGCACAAAGGCCAGUUAUAUUCUGCAGCUUCCAGAGGGAAUAAGCCUCCUGAGGAGCACAGUUAUUCUAAUUUUCUUGUGGCACAGAUAUCACUGCUGAGAUCACGAUGGCAUGGUGGAAGGCCUGGAGUGAAGAGGAGGGCAAGCCUGUGAUAGGGGUGUAUUCAAACUUUGACCCUGCACCUGAUGCUCAAACUCUCUACAAGGCUAUGAAAGGGCUUGGGACUGAUGAACAAGCUAUAAUUGAAGUCCUAACCAAGAGGAGCAACAGGCAGCGGCAAGAGAUUGCCAAAUCCUUCAAAGCACAGUUUGGAAAGGAUCUGAUUGACAGCCUGAGAUCUGAACUGAGUGGCGACUUUGAGAGGCUCAUGGUAGCUCUCAUGUACCCCCCAUACAAAUAUGAAGCCAAGGAGCUGUAUGAUGCCAUGAAGGGUGUGGGAACAAGUGAAGAUGUUAUCAUAGAGAUCCUGGCAUCACGAACAAAGGCGCAGAUCAAAGAGAUUAUCAAGGCAUACAAAGAAGAAUACGGUUCUGAUCUGGAACAAGACAUAGCAUCGGAAACAAGUGGCUACUUCAAACAGAUUCUAGUUUGCCUUCUUCAGGGUGAGAGGGACAAUGCCUCUCUCUAUGUGGAUUCAGCAUUGGCUCGCCAGGAUGCAGAGGCUCUCUUUUCUGCUGGGGAGAAGAUAAAGGGCACUGAUGAGAUACAGUUCAUCACUAUUCUGUGCAAGAGGAGUGCUACACACUUGCUGAAAGUGUUUGAAGAAUACCAGAAACUUGCUGGUAAAAGCAUAGAAGACAGUAUCAAGAGUGAAACUAAAGGCUCACUAGAGGAUGCUAUGCUGGCUAUUGUGAGAUGCACAAGAAACAUCCGUCAGUACUUCGCAGAGAGGCUGUAUCAUGCUUUAAAGGGGGCUGGCACAGAUGAUGGGACCCUUAUAAGGGUGAUUGUUUCUCGAAAUGAAGUUGACUUAAAUCUUAUUAAGGAUGAAUUCAAGCGAAUUGCAGGACAGCCUCUCUCCAGCAUGAUUGUGGAUGACACCAGUGGUGAUUACAAGACAGCCUUGCUGAAUAUCUGUGGCAGUGACUGACAAGAUCUAGAAAGAAGAUGUUGAAAUGGAUACAAAGAGAAAAUUACAUUUUCAGGCACCUCUUCAUUUACAUGUAGAAAAUCUUUGCAUUGUCGGAGAAAAUGACCAAACUGAAGAUAUUCAGAGCUCCCUGAGGGCAUGGUUGCUCAGUACACAUUAAAAUCUGUUCACUUUGCUAUCAGUUUUAGAAACUCUUCCAAUUAUGUUUGUUUUUUCUUCAGCUUCUAUUUCAAUCUGUGUAGUUUCCCUUUUAACACAUUGUAAAGGGAAGAAGUUUCUAAUCCUUGAAGUGCUUGUUUCUGGCAUUUAUCCUGGUUUCUCACCUGGGCUAAAAUGUGUUUUUUCAGUCUGAAUAGCAAGGAGGGUUUCCUCACUUAGUCUUUGGAGUAUGAGGGCCAGAUGCACAAUUAAAUGAUCCUCAGGAGCAUUCUGCUCCAGGUGCUUUGUCCUGGCCUCCUUCACCUGUCAAAUCUGAUGAACACAGUCAACACAAGAUGAGGUUUAAACAACCUUUAGGUCAGAUACCAACCAUAAGCUGAUGAACAUGUUCCUCAAGUACCACCCAGAUAUCCUGAGGCACGGCAGAAUUAAGGCUUUCAAGAAGCACGUAUCUGAUUUGCUACACUUGGUCUUGUGUAUCUUUUAUCCGUUUUCCACGUUCCACCUGAACAAGCAGCUCUGGCACAGGGACAGAUUUCUUCUAUGAACCCCCUGAUUCUGCCUUGUGUGAUGCCACUCUGGUGUCUAUCUAGGGCUGGCCAAUCAAGAAGUUGGGCUGAGGAAAACUUUGUUAUGAGUAAUAAGGAGGUGUUUAGAGGGAUAGAUUUUUCUUUUAAAUGGGAAUGAUGCAUAUCUUUGUGGUUUGGGGAGAAAAAAGUAUUUUUGGUAAAUAUGAUGUCUUAGCUAAAACAAAAAUGACUUCUAAUAAAUAGUUUUAAGCAAAGUACAAAAUUUCUUCACAGUAUAAUUUUCAGUGGCCUGGUUGCUGAUUACAUGUUCUUUCUGCUAAAGCCUCUUCCUUCUAACAUCAGAAGUGUCGUAUGCAAAUGCAUAUCAUACAUUGAAAAGGGAAAAGUUUUUCUUUUUCUUGAAAAAAAAUAUUUACUCAUGCUGAGUCAUAAACAUCCUGGUUGCUACUGGUGAGUAAGUAGCUUUUUGGUUGUUUUUACAGAUGUUGGGAAAAGAGAAAAUUGCCUUCAAUGAAUAUCUCUG